CAAAGUCGUCUGUUUUUUAAGAUUGUAGCACCUCGCCCGCAAGCGACCUCGGCGGAGUGAGAAUAAAAGUCUUCUUAUAGGUGACUUUCUAUCCUUACCAAGAUAUAUAAAGAACGAUUUAAUCUUAAAUUGCCGAAGUUACUAGCGGACGAGACGCUGGAUUUGAAAUAUUAACACGAAAUCGCCCGUUUUGGAAGAUAGUAGCGCCUCGCCCGCAAGCGACCUCGGCGGAGUGAGUCUUUUUAAAGGACUAGAACUAGAAAGUUUCCGGUUUAAAGUUUUUUUGUAUCAAAUUAAAAAUUUUUCAUAUAACGCACACUCCCUUACCCGAAUUAACCCGUUAUAUCGAGGUUUUUACUGUUUUGAUUUAAUUUUUUUCAUGACAAUAAAAUGAUAUUUAAUAUACAAAAUAUGAAGCAUCUUUGUGUCCCUGUUUAUUUUCUAUUUCGAUAGGAGAGUUGUCGAACAGGUGUCAGUUCACGCGCAGGAAAGCUGAAAUUAAUUGGACCCUGCUGAAAUGCGUUUCAGUCGCUUACAGGACUACGCGCAGUGUACCACGCUCGAUUUCUAUAAAAAACACCGCUUCUACGAAUUGUACGUAAUAUUAUCAACAAAAAAAAGUAAUUUAAAAGAAAAAUGUCGAAGAAGAUAAGGAGAAAUAGCGACGGUGAUGAUUCAUUAAGAACGAUAAGUUCCGACGAUGUUUCGCAACUUUCAAAAAAUUAUUGUUGCACAAAAUCGAAUCCUGCUCAUGGCACGGGAAGGAUGAUACAUUUAUUUCAAAUGCUCGUUUUACCAUUUAUACCCAUCUUAGCGCUUAUUUUACAAACAUCUCUCAUCUUGCAUAAAAUCGUUUUAGAGCGACAAGAAGUCAUGGAUAUUGACGCUCAGGUUACAAUUGCAACAGAAUUAGGUAAAGUGGUGACAAAAAUUCAAUUGGAAAGGUCCGAAGUUGCUUUUUACGUUUACACGAAUAACACAGAAUCGCCCUUAAGAUUAAAUUUAACGCAAACUUUUGUACUAACCGAUUUAGCCUUAGAAAAUAUGAGCAGUUGGCCUAUUGUACGAUUACCAAAUGAAGAAGGCGAACAAGAAGUUUAUACAGAUAAAGAAACCUUUCAAAAGAGGUUGCAUGAAUUUCGCCGAAAAAUUCAAUUGGAAUCGAAUAUGUCCGACGUUUUUCGUUGGUACACCUCCGUGAACGAAGCUAUGUUAAACCAUCUAACUAAUCAGAUUAAAGAAGCCGAUAGUAGCGGAGUUUGGAGAUACUUAAUUGCGUUUAAAAAUUUAUUGCGGAGCAUUGAAAGUACGGGAAUAUCAAGUGUUUACGGAGUCCAUUAUUUCGGGAAGGGAUAUUUAAAUGGAACCACUUAUAGUAAUUAUAUAAAACACGACGCCAUCGCAAAAGAUCUUUUAAAUGGUUCGUUAAAUUACGUUCCCAAAUUGAAAGCUAUUUAUAGAAACUUAACGAGGAAUAUGCCUAAUUAUGGAUCAAUUAAACUUAAACGAAACAUUAUCCUAGAAAAUAAACAACGCGAGGCGAAUUUAGGAGAGGCAAUCGAGUAUUUCGAUUCAUUAGCCGAUUACACUGACGAAUUAAGAAAGUUACAAAACGAAUUAAGACACCAAAUCAGGGAUUAUGUUAAAAGGAAUUUAAACGAAGCGGCGAGUACUGAAGCGAUUGGAAUCGUUAUAUUGGUGGUUGUCUUGGUGGUAUCGCCUUUAAUAAUAUGGCUUGUAAGAAACGCGGUUAAAACUAUACAGUUAUACGCUGCUAAUUUAGCGAUGAAAGCGAAGGAAUUAAAGAUUGAGAAGCAAAAAAGCGAUACUUUGCUGUUCCAAAUGUUACCACCAAGCGUUGCGAUGCAAUUAAAACAAACUAAGCAGGUCCCCGCUGAAUAUUACGCUUCAGUUACGAUUUAUUUUAGUGAUAUCGUUGGAUUUACAGAAAUAGCAGCCAUAAGCACCCCUUUAGAGGUUGUUACAUUUUUAAAUAAAAUCUACAAACUCUUCGACGAACGAAUUGAGUGCUACGAUGUUUACAAAGUAGAAACUAUCGGCGAUUCUUACAUGGUCGCAUCCGGAUUACCAGUCAAAAAUGGUAAUAAACACGUCAGCGAAAUUUCCAGUAUGGCUCUAGAUUUAUUAGCGGGCUCCUCAAUCUUUAAAAUACCCCAUUCGAAAUCACAAAAGCUCCAAAUUCGAUGUGGUAUCCACACCGGUCCGGUUGUUGCCGGGAUAGUUGGCACGAAAAUGCCGCGAUAUUGCUUAUUUGGAGACACGGUUAACACGGCUUCAAGAAUGGAAUCAACCGGGGAAGCAUCCAAAAUCCAUAUUAGUUUGGAAAUGAAAACCGCUUUAGAUGCAAUUGGUGGGUUUAAAUGCGAACACCGAGGAUUAGUUGAUGUAAAGGGAAAAGGAUUAAUGGACACUUUUUGGUUAACGUGUAAAGAAGGAGUCACGGAAAAUCGUCAAGAAUUGGAUCAAAAUCAUUUUCACGAUGAAGAAGACGCGGAUCCGAUUUUUUUGCGCAAAAUAAAAUGUAAUUAGGUUAAAAUUAAUCAAAACGAUUCAAUCUAUCCUCAUUAAUCUUUGUGUUAUGUGUUACUUGCAUCAUUUAAACGUAAACGAACGAUUGAGUGUUAGAUGGGAAUGCAUCUAUAUAAACGUAUCUAUUGAUGUAAAUGUAUCCAUCGAUAUAAAUGUGUUUCUCCAUCAUUAAUCAAGUUUAAAUGUUUUAUGUGUUAUUAUUGUAUUAUUAUCACACGAUAAAAUAAGUUGGAAAAUAAAUUGUACU